AUGGCUUAUAAUCCUUAUGGCAACAAUCCCUACGGCGCGCCUCCUGCCUAUGGAGGUUACCCCGGAUCAAACAAUGCCCCUCCAGGAAUGGCUCCUCCACCUGGUCUAGGACCUCCUCCAGGCAUGUCUUCUGCUCCAGGAAUGGCACCUCCAGGUGUCCAGCAGUCUAGCGCCCAACAAGCUAAUCGUCCAAGCGGCCUACCACCCAGCUUCCAAGCGCCCGCCAACAUGCCCAACAUCAACUUCAACGCCCCCGUGAUCCGACUCGGUACCUCGCAGCAAGGGAAGCCCGGUACACCCACGGGAGGACGUGAGCCCCCAAGCGGUGGACGACCUGGCCUCGGUAUGGAUCGAGGAAUGGACCGCGAUCGAGGAGCGAGAGAGGUUGUUCAAGUGCUUGUGCCUCCUACGAACGAAGAGAAGCUCCGAACGAUCUUUAUACAUCAGAUUUCUGAAGGCGUUGGCGGUGACGAUGGUAUUCAACGAUUGUUGAGUGCUGUUGGAAAGCUGCGCAAGUGGGAUUCUGCUGCUAGUGUCACAGAAGAUCACAAGGGGGUUAAGUUUGGUUUUGCUCUUUUUGAGGAUCCGUGGUCGCUUAGCACAGCAGUCAAGCUACUUCACGAGGAACAGAUCGAAGUUCCCGUGAAGCGCCAACCGGUUGCGGUCGACGGUCCAAAAGACGAUUACGAGGGUAUCGAAAAGACAAAGCUUCAAGUUACGGUCGACGAGAGUUCACUCAAGUAUUUGGAGUCUUAUGAAGAGUCUCAAGAUGGAUCCAUUGGGAUCGAGAAGCUCGAAGCUGCUAGACUUGCAUUGAAGGAUGUUGUUCGCGAUUUGUUCUACCCCAAGACGAAUAUCAUCAGCGAAGACGUCACGAUGGGCAAUACCGAGGGUGAAAACGUCGAAGUGGUCAAUAUUCCUUUGGCUCAGGAGGACGAGCUUGCCGAUAUUCCUGCUGAGAUGCGAGAAGUCGUUGCCCAAGAGAUUGCUGCUUUCCGUGAGAGGAGCAAUCAACGAGACCUCGAGCGCCUACGAAAGGAAGAAGAAAUGGAGGAGAUGGAGCGACGACGAAAUGGACCAUCACGAUCUCGACUCGAUUCACCACCCAGUACAAACAACGUUCCUCUCGGCCCAAGAGGUAGCAUAGCGAAUGCCCCAUCAGGCCCCAAGGGACAAAACGGACGAGUCGCCUUUGUGAAUGGUGGUAUUUCCAACACCGACCUCUCCAUUCACCAAGAAGACGAAGAUACAGAUGCCGACGAUGAAGAGCUUUACCAACGACAAAAGUCAAAGAAGGAUGAAGAAGACGAAAAGGUUUACCUCGAAGCUGAACGAAAGUGGUCAAACCGAGAACGAUCAAGACAAGCAGCUAUAGAACGAGAACAAGAGCGAGAACGUCAAGACGCCGAGUCAUUCGAGCAACGGAAGCAAGAACAGCUGGAGAGAGAAAAGGCCUGGGAUGAUGAGAAAGAGGCUAGUCGCAAAUCACACCCAUACUACCGCGACCACAGCGCCUGGGCUCGUAAGCGAGCAGCAGACCGUGCAGACGAAGAAGCACAAGACGAAGCAGACCGAAGAGCAGAGCAUGAUGAACAGCGUCGCGAAAAGGUCGAGAUGGAACGUGCACGCGGUAUGGCCGACUCGUUCCUCGACAAGCAAGCUGAAGAAAUGGAAGAACGACAAGCUCCCGCCGCAGCACCGCAGCCAUUCAAGCUAUCCCUCGGAGCCGCGGCUCAGAAGGCCCAGGCAUCCAGGGCAGCUCCCCAACGGCGCACCAUUGCAGAGGUUGAAGGUCUGCUGGAUGAUGAAGAAGCUGACGCUUCUACCAAGCGACAGUUGAUCCCUAUUAAAUUCGAGCCUUCUUCUGCUACGGCGCAUAUGACGGAUGAGGAAAUCUCACAGGCUGUUAGGUCUCUGGCUCAGGAGAUUCCAUCGGAUAAGGAUGGUCUUUGGGGUUGGGAUGUCAAGUGGGAUUUCAUGGAUGGUGCUGUCAUUAAGGAUAAGCUCCGACCGUUUGUUGAGAAGAAGAUUGUUGAGUAUCUUGGUGUUCAAGAGGAGAUGCUUGUUGAAGCAGUUGAAGAGCAUCUUCGUGCUCAUGGCACAGCAGCUGCUUUGGUUGAAGAACUAGAAGGCGCCCUCGACGACGAAGCAGAAGAUCUUGUCAAGAAGCUCUGGCGUAUGGUCAUCUUCUUCACCGAAAGCGAGAAACGAGGUCUACCAGCAUAA